UCACAUGUUAAGUUUGGAACGCAAAUGAAGAGUGUCUGUGGCCUUCCGCUGCUCUCCGCUCUUGUGCUGCUGUUUUCUCUGACACACGCAUUCCAACCAUUUGGAAUUAGUGUUGAAUUUCAGGGAAGACGGCGAGGUAGCUCGACUGAAGACGGGAGACAAGCUUCCAGACGAACUGCUGCCGCACAGGAGAGCCAUUCAGAAGAGCAGGGGGUCAAAGGGGAGAAGAGCAGAGGGCACCAUGGAGAGUGAGCCAGGGGCCCCCCCCUCUACGGCCAGCAGCACGGGGACCACCGCUCCCUCCACCACCAGCCCCUCUGCUACUACCACAACAGCAAGCAGCAGCAGUAGCAGCGGUACCUCCAACGCUACUACUGCUACGACCACUGCUUCCACUUGCAGUGGUAGUAGCAGCAGCAACAAUAGUAGUACUACUACUAGCAGUAACACUAGCAGUAGUUCCAGUGGUACCACUGCAACAGGCAGACAAACAGUGCCUCAGAUUUCUGUUUACAGUGGGAUACCUGACCGACAGACAGUGCAGGUUUUCCAGCAGGCGCUGCACAGACAGCCUAACACAGCAGCUCAGUAUCUUCAGCAGAUGUAUGCAGCCCAGCAGCAGCAUCUGAUGCUACAGACUGCAGCCCUUCAGCAGCAGCAUAGCCUCAGCACCGCUCAGCUCCAGAGCCUGGCUGCUGUGCAACAGGCCAGCAUUGCAGCAGGUCGACAAAACUCUUCACAGAACGGCACUUCAUCUCAGCAAACUGGAUCUAACCAGGCUACAAUCAACCUGACCACCUCUCCAGCUGCAGCUCAGCUCAUCAGCCGAGCCCAGAGCAUCAGUACCACCCCCACCAGUAUUUCCCAGCAGGCUGUUCUGCUGGGCAGCCCCACCAACACCACUCUCACAGCCAGUCAGGCACAGAUGUACCUGCGUGCACAGAUGGCCCAACAGAGUAACUUGGUCCAAGUGGCGAGGAGCCUGGGUAGAGCUGUUCCUCUGUCUCCACAGCUAAUCUUCACUCCCACAGCCACGGUAACAGCUGUCCAGUCAGAGAACUCUUCACAGGCCUCCUCACAGAAUCAGGUCCAGAACCUUGCCAUCCGUGGCCAGCAGGGGGCGACCACUUCGUCCUCCUCACAGACUCAGACUCUGCAGGCUCUCAGCCUAAAGCAGAGCCCUGUACCCAUCCAGCCAACAUCACUGAUCAAGAAUCCCAGUGCAGGAGGAAAAAGCAGCUCCUCCGACAGUAUGUGUGAUGGAGGCAAAAAGGGAGAAGGAGCAUCAGCAGUGACAGAAGUCAGAGCCAUCAACAUGAGCCGCAAUGUCACUCCUCAGCCUCUGAUUGCUCCAGCCUACACUCAGAUUCAGCCACAGUCCCUUGUGAAACAGCAGCCACAGUUUGUGGUCCACCAGAGUGCUGGUUCCCAGAAGACGACCGGUCAGCUGCUGCAAACAGCUUCUGUUCAGCCGUCACAACAUCCAGUCCCGGUGCUGCCCAAACCUGCUCCACACCAACCUUCUACACCCAGCCAACAGGCCACCAUCUUCCACUCUACCAUCAGCCCACAUGCCCUCCACUCCUCCAUCAGCCACGCCAAAGCCCAGCCCGUCCAGCUCACUGCCAUCAACCUUCAGAUCCAGCCAACUGCGUCUCGAACCCUUCAGGACAAUAAAGACAAACCAACCUCACUAGUGGUGAGAGAGACGUGUCAGACUGCCUCCACUCAACAGCAGCAGCAGCAACAACAACCACAACAACAACAGCCGCCGCCGCAGCAGCAACAUUACCAGCAGCAGCAACACCACCAUCACCAUCAUCAGCACCAGCACCAGCAGCAGCAGCAGCAGCAGAAAAAGCUCGCACCUUCUCCGUCACAACCUGUCAAGACUGCAGACCAGCCCAAGGUCAACACCACUACAGUAGCUGUUCAGCCACAAGAAGGGGGCUCAACAAAGAAGCCGACGGCUGCAACUCAGACUCCGCCCCCUGUCAUGACCUCAGGAAAUGAGGGUGAGGCCCCCAGCAUGACGGGCAGCGCACCACAGAAUGGGGAGAGCAAACCGCCACAGGCCAUUGUCAAGCCCCAGGUGCUCACUCAUCUCAUCGAAGGCUUCGUCAUCCAGGAGGGAGCUGAGCCGUUUCCAGUCUGUGUGGAGCGUCUGCCAAUUAUAAUCAACAGCCCAAAGAAGCUGGACCAUCAGCUUUCCUCUGACCCAGACAAAACUCCUGUCAGCAAUGCAGGGAACAGUGACUCUGAGGUGGAGGACAUGAACCAGUCAGAAAAAGAAGAACCAAAGCUGACCUGUGAGUACUGUGGCUGGGUGGACUUUGCCUAUACCUUUAAAGCCUCUAAAAGGUUCUGCUCUAUGGUUUGUGCAAAAAGGUACAAUGUUGGCUGCACGAAACGCAUUGGCCUAUUCCGUCCAGAGAGGAGUAAACCCACCAGUCGCUGGAAGAGGAAAUCUCAGGGUCGCCCCUGUGUAGAAGCAAAGAAACAGAAGUUAUCCCCCUCCCCACAGCAGACUCAAGGAGGUUCUGUGUCCUCGCCGCAUGCCUCACAACCCAGUCAGGAAGAGUCCAGUCCAUGCUCAGAUAUGUCCAGUUACGAGGAGCCACCAUCUCCGCUUUCAGCAGCCAGCUCAGGUCCCCUGGCUCCUAACCCGGCACCAGCUCAGGUCCCCAUCCGCCGGCAGCCCAACAGAGCCUCGGACCAGGAGGGCAGCACUGGGAGAGAUGCUUCCUCGCUAUGUCAGCGUCUGGUACCGAACGACCCGGCCAAGUGGAAUGUGGAGGAAGUUUACAAGUUCAUCCGCUCACUGCCAGGUUGUCAGGAGAUAGCAGACGAGUUUCGGUCUCAGGAGAUUGACGGACAGGCCUUGCUGCUCUUGAAGGAGGACCACCUUAUGAGCACCAUGAACAUUAAACUGGGACCUGCACUCAAAAUCUUUGCACGGAUCAACAUGCUUAAAGACUCAUAGCAGUAAUGUGUGAUACGUGUGUGUGUGCGUGAGAAUCCAAGCACGUAAAACCUUUAUUGUAGCACUGACGGCGGAGUAUUGCGGACUUGUUUUCUCCCACUACUGUACUCCUCCUUGUGAUACAAGGUCACUGUGGCUGGACGUGGACUUGGCUACUGGAAUAUUUGUUGGGUACACAAUGAGCACUUACAGAUAUUAAAGACGGAGAGUUUGAGGUUAAAAGUACAAAGUUAAUAACUACUAAAUGCAACGGCAUCAGCACUGGGCCAGACCAGAAGCUUUGAUGGUGACAUGUCGCCCUAUCCUUUAUGUUGUCUACAGGAUGUUGCCCGUACACUGACUUCAGUUUGAAGGCUCUUUAAACUUAAAAAGUUUCCUUCCCUGAACCAAAGACUCGAGGUCUUAGGUUUUGUUUUCUUUCUGUUUGGAGUAUCUAUGUAAUCAGAUCACACAACUGGAAGCAGGGAUAUCAGGCACAAUCAGAAACACAGUAAACAAGAAAUGGUUAAUCAGAGAUCAGAAACCAUGCUAAACCAUCCGAGGAUAACAGCAGUUGUAUGAGGGUCAAAAAAGUGUUAAGAUGUAUUUGUAUCUGAAAUCUUCCGCAGUGGUGUUUCUGUCAGAGAGUUCCUUGUCCCCGGUUUUUCUGCACUGUCUAAUAACUGAAUAUAUAAACAUUUAUUCUGAUUUCAAACUUCAUUUAUUAUAGUUAAAUAAAACCCAGAAACAGCUCAGCAUUUGAGAAAAUACAAUGAUAAAACUACUUAAAACAGUUGGAGACAACUACAGUAAAACAGGUGUUUAUUAACUUUGGCUGUCUGUUUGAAUUAAAACACCCGUCUUUGAACUUCUUUGACCUAUCCUGUCAAGAGUCACAGCUGAGGAAAUAACACUAAAUAAUCUGAAUAAUUUCUGGAUGGAUUCUUUUCAGAAAUGUCUGUACAGUGUGACAGACAGACAGACAGACUGAGAAUGGGUAAAUUCAUCCAGAAGUCUUUUCAAAGGCCUUAAGACACGUUUAAAACAUCACAUUAAAGACAAGUUUUCGCAAUGACGAAUUUUAAACACUUGCAAUUUUUGCUGGUCUCUUUCAAUUGUUUAAUUAUUCAAUUAUAAGGCACAACAUUGCUUUCUUAUGGUUCAAAUCACACUAAAUUCCACAAGCACUUAUUUUAUGUUCGAUCAGCUUUAAUCCUACGAGGCUUAUCCUAGAAAUAACCCUAAACACAAUGUACAUAGCAGCGCUAGUGUGAAAAAUGGGUGUAAAUUACCCUUUUUCAAAAGUUAUCCUUGUUAUUUUAAAACUCAAUGGUGUUAAAAAUUUUGAAAUAUGCAAAUUUGUUAAUAUGGCUUUUGGAUUGUUUUCUGUUUUUGUAAUGAAAAAAAUCAUCUAUUUGUCUUUUGUGGUUGUGAUGACAGGUCAACAUUUUUAGGUCAUGCUUUGUACAAUGUUUGUAUUUAUCAAAAAAAAAGUUUGUUACAGCGACAUUUUGAAAUUAUAAAUGAUUUGCAGAA